AUGAUCAAAGCCUACAAGAAUACUUUUGCUUCUUGCAAAAGAAGUGGCAAUCACAAAGAAUACGCAGAAAAGCUUGCGGAAGGGUCGUCUGUUCAGGCAGCCAAAUUGGCAAGCCAAUUCAAAGAAUAUGAUAACUUUGCCAAAAACUCCAAGUGGCUCAUGUAUCUUCAUCGAAAGAUAGAGACCUAUGGUCAGACCUCUUGGGGAAACUGUGCAGUCAAAUCCCAGAAGAACUCUUCCGCGAAUCAACAACAAGUGGCUCCACAGCAAUGCCUCCUCAAUACCAACAGUCAAAUGGUAAAAGAGGUACCCAGAAGCGAGGAGCUCCUAGUCGUUCCAAUGACACUGCGAUCGCAUUCACUCCUCCACCAGAAGUACUAG